CUUUUAUUUGAAGUUCAAGACAAAUUUGGUUGUUGAAUCCAUAUCUUAUCACAAUUCACCUCCAACCACAAAUAGUUAUUUUAUUUUUUCCAACCAAUACAUCCCUCAGCUCUAUGCAUCAAAAUCAUAUUGGGAUAAUGAGUUCCUCUGCAGUUGAACAAGUUUCAGAAUGUUUUAUCAAACCACUUUUCCCCAUUCAAGAAUCAAAACAAAUAUGCUAUUUAACAACUUGGGAUAUUGCAAUGUUAUCUAUGCACUACAUCCAAAAAGGCUUGUUAUUCAAAAAGCCACCACCUCCAAAUAAUCAAAAAGAUUUCAUUCAUAAUCUUUUGGAGAAUAUCAAACAAUCUAUUUCUCUAGCUCUCUUCCAUUUCUAUCCACUAUCCGGUCGCCUUGUCACCCAAAAAACUCAAGAGCCUCCAACUUAUUCGGUUUUCGUUGAUUGUAGUAACGAUAACCCGGGAGCUAGAUUCAUCUAUGCAACUUUGGAUGCAACUAUAUAUGAUAUCCUAUCACCGGUUGAUCAUCCACCAGUCGUGGACUCAUUGUUUGAUCUUAAUCGAGCAAUUAAUCACGAUGGUCACACCAUGCCAUUAUUAUCUAUACAAGUCACUGAGCUAGUGGAUGGUGUUUUCAUAGGUUGUUCUAUGAAUCAUUGUAUUGGUGAUGGAACUUGUUUUUGGAAUUUCUUUAAUGUAUGGUCGGAAAUCUUUCAAGCUCGAGAGAAUGGUCGUGAUUUUGUCGUGUCACACCAACCAUUUCACAAUCGUUGGUUCCUAGAAGGUUACGGUCCACUAAUUAAUCUUCCGUUCAAACAUCAUGACGAGUUUACAAGUAGAUUUGAAGCGCCGAAGUUGAGAGAGAGAUUCUUCCACUUUAGUGCGGAGUCUAUUGCAAAACUGAAAGCCAAGGCCAAUGAGGAAGCUAAUACAAAUGAAAUCUCUUCAUUCCAAUCAUUAUCGGCUUUUCUAUGGAGAUAUGUGACGCGUGCACGCGGACUAGCACAUGAUCAAAAAGUUAGUUGUAAGUUUGCCAUAAACAAUAGACCAAGAAUCAAGCCACCUCUCCCGCAAGAGUACUUUGGAAACUCGGUUGAUGUGGUGAGUACUGAAACGACUGUAGGGGAAUUGCUUGAGAAUGAUUUGGGAUGGGCGGCGUCGAUGGUGCAUACACUUGUUGUGAAUCAUGAUGACAGAGAGGUCAGAGAGAUGAUCAAAAAUUGGUUAGAGUCUCCUAUUGUCUAUCAACUUGGUCGCCACUUUGAUCCUUUCAGCGUCGUCAUGUCAAGUUCACCGAGAUUCAAUAUGUAUGGGAAUGAAUUUGGAAUGGGAAAACCGGUCGCAGUUCUAAGUGGCUAUGCAAACAAAUUUAAUGGGAAUGUGACAGCUUACGAGGGAUAUGAAGGAGGGGGAAGCAUGGUUUUAGCAGUGUCUCUUUUGCCUGAUGCAAUACGUGCACUAGAAUUAGACGACGAUUUUAUGAAUGUAGUUUCCGUCGCCAAUUUCGCUAAUAUGCCAUGAAAUUUCAGAGGAUAAAUCUUUUUGUUAUUGAUAUAUAAUUUGGAUAAAUGUCUAUGUAUUUUCAUUGGUGUAAAAUGAACUUGAUCAUCCUCAUC